AAAAAGGCAGCUCGAGCAGCGGAGAGAGAGUCAGAGCAAGCCUUCUUUCCCUUUGCAUCACCACUGCUCAAAAGGACCCCUAGAUUACUUGAGAGGGCCUGCUUGCCUGCCCAGGUGAACAAAGCCAAGCACCAUGGCUUGAUUCUUGACGUCGCCCGACAGCUAAACACCAUGGGGAACCAAGAUGGGAAGCUGAAGAGGAAUGCAGGUGAUGUACACGAAGGCGGCGAGGAUGCUUCUGGGCCCAGGGAUGCUGAGGGCACAAAGAAAGGAGGGGGGAGCAAAAAGACCCUGGGCAGGCACAGCAAAGGGGGAGAAUCAAAGAAGAAGGGCAAAUCUGAAGCCAGGUCAUCUGUGUUUUCCAAUCUGCGCAUCCGGAAAAACCUCUCCAAGUCUAAAGAUGGAAACAGCAGCUCGAGAGAGGACGUGUUAGAAAGCCAGGCCGUGCACACAGGAGAGCUAGACAGUGCUCACUCCAUUCUCAGCAAAACUCCUGAUAUAAGCAUUUCUGCAGAUGAAGGGGGUCUCUCGGAUACCGAUGCGGAUCAUUUUGAAAAUACAAAUGAAACUCGCCCUGCAGCUGCCGAGCCGCAAGAUGGACAAAGAACCAGCUCCGGCUCCGAUACGGAUAUAUACAGUUUUCAUUCAGCCACCGAACAAGAGGAUUUGCUUUCUGAUAUUCAGCAGGCAAUUAGACUGCAACAGCAGCAACAGCAGCAGCAGCAGGGGACAAUUAACAUUGGAACUGAGCAGCAGGGCACCAAAACAAUGGCCCUACACAUGGCUAAUUCUCAAGCAACCCCAUUAGAUUUUGAAAGGUUUCUUUCAUUCAGCAGUGACAAAAACAGUAGCCCGGAUACCGAGCAGCCGGUCUCUGCUAAAUCAGAAAUCGUAGAAUAUGUCCCGAGCUGUCAGCCUGAAGUGCCAGAAAGGGCAAAUGGAAUGGGGCACUCCUGCAGCAGUGUGUUUGAGAUGCAGGAAGGACCCGAGCAAUUGUCAGCAGAAGAGGAACAAUCUGCUGGGGAAGGAGGAGACCACUUCUCUACUCCCAAUGCUGCAAUUACAGAAGAGGGGGCUCUGCUGGGCAGUUCGGUCUUUCAUUUCCCACCCCCGGCUGGGGAAUCUGAGACUGAAAGCGUUGCUGUUGAAGGUACAGGUGGCGAAAGGGAGGCUGAACCAGCAGAUGCAGGCGGGGAUCAGGUUGCUGUGGCCACGGACAGGAAAUGGAGUUUGUCAACCAGCAGAGAAGCAGUGGAGGAGGGCUUUUCCGUGGAAAUGAAAAAUGGGACUUAUUCCUCAGAGGAUGUCUCCAGCAGUCCAGUGCACACUUCCAAAUGUUUUAAAUCGUACCCUUUCAUCAACCCCUGCUACAUCAAAACCACCACUAGGCAGCUGAGCUCUCCGAACCGUUCACCCGGCCUCUCCCCCUCACAGAGCCCUCUCUUUAAAAGGAGACGGGAGCCCGCUCGGCUAAAAGAGAAGGUGACAAGUAAGAAACAGAGAUCUGCCAGUUUGGCAGGGGCAUUUAGCCGAUCUGCGGACUGGACUCAUGAGGUUUCGGAUCAGCCCAGUGAAAUAGCUCAAAAGUCAGGCUCUGCAGAUUUUUUGGAAUACAGGCAGACCAGAGAUGGUAUCCAAGGGGAAAGAGUGCCUUUGAAUCAUUUGAGAAAGUUCUCAGGAAUGUCACCUUCUACUGAUGCCUUCCCUAAUGUUUUUCGGGGGCGAACUCUGCUAGAAAAGCUCUCCAGUCAGCAGGAGAAUGCACCCCAAGAAGAAGCAGAGAAGCUUUGUUCUUGGAUCAUUGCAAUGGGUCUUUUGCUCCACUUCAGUGACUGCUUCAGAGAACCAAGUAGUCAGAAUGCACAACAAAGUGCACCAGCAUUUGAUCAAGAUCAACUUUAUACUUGGGCUGCAGUCAAUCAACCCACUCAUUCAUCAGAUUACACGGAAGGAAGAUUUCCCAGGACAACUCCAUCAGUCUGGUCAGCCGCAAAGCCUCCAGAUGAAGAACAGAAAGUGCACCAUAUAAAGAAAGAACCUGAAGCUGCUACUGAGGCAACAGAGACAGAAGAUACAGAGAUUGUUCAACAGGUACAGUUCCAGUCAAGAAAGAUUCCACAAUGGUUUCUUCCUAAAAUAUUUGUGUCAUUCAUUCCUAUCCUUCAGUCCUUGUCACUUGCUCUUACUCCAUAUACUGUAGGGGGUGGCACUCCCAUGCCUGGCAAUGGAGGAGGUGGCGGAGGGGGUGGCACUCUCAUGCCUGGCAAUGGGGGUGGCAGAGGAGGGGGUGGCACUCCCAUGCCUGGCAAUGGAGGAGGUGGCGGAGGGGGUGGCACUCUCAUGCCUGGCAAUGGGGGUGGCAGAGGAGGGGGUGGCACUCCCAUGCCUGGUAAUGGGGGUGGUGGCGGAGGAGGUGGCACUAUCCCUGGCAAAAAGGAAGUAACUGGUCCUGGCAACGGUGGAGGAGGUGGAAUUCCAGUUACAGGAAAAAGUGGUAGAGAUGAGAUCUCGGUAGGUAGUCCAGCAGUAGGCAAAGUUGGCAUGGAAGGAGGAGAUAAAGUAGGGGUAGAUGGCAUCCCGUCCAUUCCUGUCAGACAUGAUGGGGAAGUAGUCCUUUUGGUGGGGAAUGAUGGAGCAGAGGUUGGUACUAUGUCAGAUGAGGACCCUAAAUAUCCUGAGGCAGAGAGGGAUGAGGGAGGCGACACUGAUGAAGAUAAAAAUGGGCCACCUGCCCCAGGCAGGGAAAUUCCAGUGUCAGUAGAUAGAGGACCAGAAAUAAUGGGAGAAGAUAAAGAUGAGGAAUGUUCAUUCCAUGCUACAGUCUCUGUACUCGAGGGAAGAUGGGGAGCUGAUGGCAUGGGAAUGCCACCACCUCCUCCCCCUUUGCCAGGCAUGGGAAUGCCACCACCUCCUCCCCCUUUGCCAGGCAUGGGAGUGUCAUCCCCUCCUCCACCACCUCCUUGGCCAGGUAUGGGGGGACCUCCUCCCCCUCCCCCUCUGCAAGGACUGACAGGGCUGCCUCCUCCACCCCCUUUGCCUGGGGUGGGAGCUCCUCCUCUGCCGGGAAUAGGCAUGCCACCACCCCCAGCUCCUAGUCUUCCACAAGUGUCUGGGUUUCUUCCUCUUCCCUUGCCAACUGGUUUAUUUGUCAUGGGAAUUAACCAGGAAAAAACUAGCAGAAAACAUGCAAUAGAACCUUCUCGACCCAUGAAGCCUCUUUAUUGGACAAGAAUCCAGCUUCAUAAUAAAAGAGAUUCUAGUGCUUCACUUGUUUGGGAAAAAAUUGAAGAGCCUUCAAUAGAUUAUCAUGAAUUUGAAGAACUGUUUUCUAAAACAGCUGUUAAAGAGAGGAAAAAGCCUAUUUCGGAUACCAUCACCAAGACAAAGAAUAAACAAGUUGUCAAAUUAUUAAGCAACAAAAGAUCACAAGCAGUUGGUAUAUUAAUGUCCAGUCUUCAUUUAGACAUGAAAGAUAUACAGCAUGCUGUCAUGAACUUGGACAACUCUGUGGUGGACUUAGAGACUCUUCAAGCCCUUUAUGAGAAUAGAGCACAAUCUGAUGAACUGGAAAAGAUAGAAAAGCAUGGCAAAUCAAGUAAAGAAAAGGAGAAUGCCAAAUCUUUGGACAAACCUGAACAGUUUCUUUAUGAGCUCUCCCUGAUUCCCAACUUCUCUGAAAGAGCCUUUUGUAUCCUGUUCCAAUCAACAUUCUCCGAAAGCAUUUCCUCUCUCCGAAGCAAACUUGAAUUGUUGCAGAAACUGUGUGAGAUGUUGAAAAGUGGCUCAGGAGUUAUGCGGGUUCUCGGCUUGGUCCUCGCUUUUGGGAAUUACAUGAAUGGUGGAAAUAGGACAAGAGGACAAGCAGAUGGCUUUGGUCUAGACAUACUUCCCAAACUCAAAGAUGUCAAGAGUAGUGAUAACAGCAGGAGUCUUCUGUCAUAUAUUGUCUCAUAUUAUUUGCGCAAUUUUGAUGAGCGUGUGAGACAGAAGCAGGCAAGGUUUGCCAGUUUUCAUUAGAAGAACACAUCCAGCCCUUUAAAGACAACAUGGACAAAUUCAUUAGUCAAGCUAAAACUGACCAUGAGAUGGAAGAAAAAUCUCUGGCAGAGACCCACAAAAGUUUUUUGGAGACUGCAGCAUAUUUCUGUAUGAAAGCAAAAAUGGGUGAAAAGGAGGUUUCCUUGAAUGCUUUCUUCAGCAUAUGGCAUGAAUUCAGUUCUGACUUUAAAGAAUUUUGGAAAAAGGAAAAUAAACUUAUUUUGCAAGAAAGACUUAAAGAGGCUGAAGAAGUAUGUAGACAGAAAAAAGGAAAAUCACUUUACAAUAUAAAACAAAAGCAUGAUUCUGGAAUUAAAGCAAAGAUAAGUAUGAAAAUAUGAAAGAAGAAAGUCUUAUGUCUUUGUAUCCAGACUCAAUAAGUUGAUCAUGCCUUGGGGAUGUAGGGGAAAGGAAAUAUUACCAUUCAGCCCAUUUGUUUUCUUGAGUUUCUUGCAUUUUGUUUCCUGUUUAUGCUCACUACUAUGAAAAUUCACUGAUAAACAGAUGUGCACGAUUGAUACCCAUUAAUGGAAGCCAUUUGAUGUCUUUCUCUUACAGGCACCCCAUAUACUACAUUCUUUUCAUCCAAACAUUGUUUUGCAAUUUAUACGGUAAAAUACUAAUAAAGACUAAAGUAGUCUGUGUAAGCAGCAGUAUUUCAGUAUGUCCUAAACAUACUGAAAACUUUAUAAACAUCUAACUUCACAUAGAUGUUCCAUUCCUGCAGGAUUUUUUCCCCAAAGCAAAUACAUUACAACAUUGCAUUUAGAUUAGGGAGAAUAUUACUUCUCAAAACUGUUUGUAUCUAUUUCCUAUUGACCUUGUAAGUGUACUCUGAAUUGGUAAAAGUAUUUCUUUUACACUCUAAGCCAUGAUCUCCAAGUUAUUUCAUUGCCUCCUGACAAAAUAUGUCAUAAAUAUGACAUUCAGCCCUGCUAUUGUUAUAAUUGACAAAGUUGAUCAUGAUUUGCUGAUACUGAUGAAUGGAAUGAAAACAAAAAGGGGAAAACCCAAUCACAGUUAAGCACAGGAUUCACUUGGUAGAUACCAAACAAUCUCGGGUAUUUCAAUAUUAUAUUCAUUGAAGAAACUGUUUGCAGAUUAACAGGAAAUUUGUGGUAGACUUUCUAUCAAACUCUUGAGUUAAAAAAAAUAAAAGAACUUAAGAUCUUUCCCUUUUCUCAUUCUAAAUUAUGAAGGAUUAUUAAGAACCUUGGUUUUUCUGGUGAUAAAACAAAGAUUAUUCCUUCUGUUUGAUCUCACAUUUUAUUAAGUACUUGUAUUACAAAAAGUACAGCAGAUGCAAUUGUUUUGCAAUACUUCUGUCCCAACUGCUGAAACAAUUUAAUGAUUGGGCAGAUCUAGUUUACCACAUUUUCUCCACACUUUCUAAGAGCAAUUUUUAAAAAGAUUUUAAAAAAGCCAAAAGUAGGGAAACGAUGUAUAUAUCUCAAGCCUCUUAGCAUAGAAGGUGCUAGAGUGAUGCAAUUUCUAAGUUUUGAAAUAUUUAUUUUUCUCCAUGUAACCCACUAUAUGAUACCUGGUUGGCCAGAGAUUAACAUAUGAUUCCAGGAAUCAUAAGGGCUGCAUAAAAUAUGACCUCAGGAAUUGAAUUUUUAAAAUACCAAUCACUAAAAAAAUAUAUUUUUCCUCCACUGGGAAAUGAUUUCCUGUUACAUAAUCAGCUUGAAACUCUUAUCAUCUUUCAGGAUAGCCCCAAAACUGUAUUAUAUGAUCCAAUAGCAUCAGGAAUAAAAUUAUUUCUUUGGGAAAGGGAAAAGAGAAGAUUGUUACAAAAAGAUCUAUCAAAAGCAAUUAAAGAAGUAAAACAUAUUUUAAUAGCACUGAUUAAAACUCAUGUUUGUAUUUAUGUAAUUUAUAGUCUUUUGCUGUUUCUGCAUUUUUUUCCAUUUAAAUGCAUUUAAAAACAUUGAAGCAUGUUUCUGUUUUGUAGAUUUCCUGUUCCCUUCAGUAUCUACUGUGUGUAUAUUGCCAUUCUAAACUGAAUAAUGCUACACUUAACAAAGAUCGCUAUGUGCAAUAUUGUAUUUAGUGUUU